UCCUUGUAAUGAUCGAUGAGAGUUGAACUUGACGACAGAGAGCGCAGAGCUACACGCCCGCAGAUACACAAAGGGAGCACAAGGACCUGCAGCUAUGGGGAUCAAACUGUAUUACACCACCGUUACUGCCUCACGGACGGUGAAGUCUCAACAGGCAGAAGUGAUCCGAAUCCUCGAGAGUAAAAGCAUCCAGUAUGAGCUCAUCGACAUCUCCGUGGGCGGCGAGCUUCGCGAUGAAAUGAGAAGCAAAGCAGGAAACCCCACGGCUGUCCCCCCCCAGCUGUUCAACGAAGACAAGUACUGCGGGAACUAUGAAAUGUUUUCUGAGGCGGUGGAAGCAGAUACAGUGGAACAAUUUCUGAAACUGACUGAGGGCGGCGUGUGAUUCUCCAACUUAGUCCAUCCCCACAACUACCUACAGUACCCACCCCUCGCCCACCCUUUGCCCUGAAGGACCCCCUUUAUCCAGUCUCUCUUGACACCACUGGCAGUGUCCACCCAUGUUCAAUGCCAUAAUGAAGAAUAAUGCCAAAUAAUCAGAAGACACACAUUCCCCCUACUGCACCAUUUGACUCUCAAUCAGUCUUAAUCUGUUUUAUUUUUGUGUUCUGUUCUUUUCUGUUCUUUCCUUUGAUUCCUCUCAAACUUUUCUUUCCUGUCUGACACACUAGUGUUACAAAGUGAUCCUAGGAAUCAACGGGGUGUCUAAAUGUGCAGUAAUUAGGUCGACUAAUCUUGGCUGCGGCCACAUGAUCGCUGGAGAUUUAACUAAUCCACUGGAUGACAACAUUCAACCCAGAAUCUUCCUGAUCCUCUGCAGACCAAACACACCAUAAUCACUCAGUCUUAACUACUUUGUUGUCUUUAUCUGUAGCCUUCAAGUUCCCAUGUUGCACAUGACGGCACUCUAUUUGUACUUCAUAUGGAUGAAAAUGCACACUGAAGUAGCAAGGAUCGUGAUGUCCUUUAAACCUAGUACAUUUUCAAUUAUAGCAGCUAAAAGAGGCCUUUUUGGCCUUUACAACUUUUUGUGAUUUUGGUCCAUUGGUCACCUUGUGUAGUAUGUGAUAAGUAGUUUGGUACUGAAAUGGGACCAGACUGUAGUCCACUGAGGUCCUGCACUGAUCUGAACAGUGUGAAGGGGCAAUAAUGCCACCAGAACUCAAAAAGUGCAUUUCAGGACAAAAUUAAAAAUAUAUAUAAAAAACCAAACAAGCUAGAAACUAGUACUUGUCUGACACAUUAAAGGUUAUCUGUCAAGUUUUUUGAAACAGAAGUUAAGUUUACAUCCAGUGUUUUUUUUAUCUUGAGGUCGAACAAACGUGUUGAGUACAUAUCCUUCAUAAAACAUUUCCAAAGCUGAUUGAAACAAUUUUUUUUAAUCAUGCAUUGUUUACAUAUAUGUUUGUUUUCUAGUCUUCUUCUUCACUGCAUUUGUUAGCACGUCGCUCUGUGUGCUGACAUGUUAUUACCGACUGUUUUUUCAGUGGUUUUUUCAUGGAAGCAGUGGCAGGAUGUGAAUUGCACCACCUGCAAGCGUGCGUGUGCGUCCUCGUGCAUGAUACAAACCCACUUGUAAAAACAUUGCUCCAUAGCGCUACCAGUGGUCAAAAGUUUACUACCUUUAGGCCAACAGGAAAAGAAACAAGAAAAGGAUUCAGUAUUUCCCAAAAUGUAUUCCUGGCAUUUUGGAGAAGGGUUUGACCCUUAUGUAGAAAUCAAAUUUAAAGAUGAUUGAAUAGUUAAAAUAAAAACUAAAUAAACACAAUAUGAAAAGUCCAACUCAAAACUUUUCUGAGGGGGGUAGUUGUGCGGUGGAGGGACUUGGACUCAGUAUUUUAAAUUCCUUGCUACGCACAUGUUGGUGACUAGUAUCAAAAAAAUGCAUUUGGGAUCCAAACACCGUCAGUAUUCAUUAUGGUCUCCAAUGGUCCAAAAUUACAAAAGGAAACAGUGGUUAAACAUUUCAGUAGAUAGCUGUUUAAUUUUAGCAUCCACUAAAACAGGAUGAACGUAGUUCCUAAUGUCACAUUUGGUGCCAAUAUAUAUCUGUAAUGCGCUUUUGCAGGUGGAUAUUCACUGUAGUAAUAGCACUUACCUGCCAUCUUCUACGUUUUCCAUAAUUUUACUGUAUAACUUGAAAGCUUCAUCUCUGGCACCAAGGAGUGCUCUGUAUUGUUGGCUGAUUGGCGCCAAACAUUUAGAAUGGCGUGUAAAUGAUCGGACUGAAAAGAUGUGAAUCUUUUAGCUUUUGACAACGUAGCUUCUCCUACUUCUGUUUCUUUUAUGUUACAGUUACACUGAUUUGUCCUGGGCAUGAAGAUGCAGUAAUGUGACUAUGCACUGAAACCCUGCCUCAUUCUGAACAGAGAUAAAGCUCAAAGCUGGUGUGUUUAAAUGGACCUGACUCAGUCUUCAACUAGGGAACACUCACCACAUGGGAAAAAUGAAGGCUUCACUUAUUUGUGCUUUUUAUGUAUUUACAUUCAUUCAGUUGAUUGAUCUCACUCGGAAUACACUGUUCAUGUAUCAGGUCUCAUGUCUUGUUUUUUUUUUAAUUGAGGACAACAUGGUUUCCCUCUCUUGUAACAUCUGUCAACCCCCCCUGCUUUCAAAAUUGUGUUGUUACGGUUUGGGAUCCCUAGUAAUGACAGCUUUUACACACAAUGUUUGUGCACUGUUUUGUAAGUCGAUGGUUGUAGAUGUUUGCCUGUUAUUGAUGUAUAUUCACUAUGAACCAUGUUUUAGACAUUCCAUGUCUCUCUCUCUGAGCUCCUGCUUUGCUUUUGGACCAAUUCCCCUUGGCCAAAAAAAGAAGAAAAUAGGGAAUAAAAUGCUGAUGUCUUCCAAGAAGAUUGUGAAAAGUGAUUUAUGGGUAAAAAAAUAAAAUGGAGUUGAAUCUA